AUGAGGGUCCCAGUCCGCGUGCACUCAGCACCCCAAGGGGAUCCUGCUAGAGCUCGGCAGCCUGCAAGUAAAUUGCCGACUACCCAAGUCCUCGAUGAAACAUACCCUACAGCCACCUUUCAAGUUCAUGGCAAAGAAGACCUAUUUACUGCAUCCGGAUCUAAGAAUGCUAAUAGGGCAUCUCCAGAGGCAGCUCAGCAAGCUCAGCAAGCUCAGCGAGAGCAAGAGGCAGCUCAAAAAGCCCAGCAAGAGCAAGUCGUUAAAGAAACAUUUAAUAAAAUUCAGGGCGAAGAAGACCUGUUUGAAGCUGAGGAUAGGGUAUCUCUAGCUUCUGAAGUUGAAAACGGACAGGCAAGGACAGAGACUCUAGCAGAUACAUCUCAUAUUAAAAAUCACUCAUAUAUUGAAACUGGUCAGGCAAGGACUGGGAAUCUAGCAGAGUCAGAGCUAUUAGAGGAUGGGAAAAGCCUAUCUCUAGCACCUAGAGAUGAGAAAAAUGAAGCAAAUACAGCAAGCUUGUCGAAGUUAGUGCGUCUUGAACCACUAAGUGCAGAAGAAAUAGAGAAACAGAAAGAUGUUAAGACAGCCCAGACUAGUGGAGGUCCCAAGUCUCAGUCGACUUUACCUAUUCUACAUGUUUUUGACAAGUCUCACCUAGCUGAUAUAGGGGAAGAGGAGGACAACAAUGUUUCUGACACUGAAUCAAUUAUGUCAGGUGUUGACAAUCAACCGCAUAUUGAGGAGCGUGGAAAUGAUGUAGGCGGCCAAUCCCAAAAGGAACCGCUGCCAAAAGAGGUUUAUGAGAUUCGUUCCAGAAUGGGUGGUCGCGAUGGACCCCUAUUCGCCCUUAUCGACGCCAGAUUACAAGGGAAGGACGACGAUGCAGCAGCAAAUCUGCUGAGGAGUUUAGCAGGCGAGGUAGAGACGUUCUGCGAUGCAAAAGGCAUUAGCUUUCUUGAUGUCUUUCUUCCAACUCCGAGUUCUCCACAGUGGCAAUCGUGGCUAGCAACUCGUUGUAUUGCAUUCCUGCAUCUGUCUUCUUCAAUAUGGCUCUAG